UUGGUGAUGUUAUGAAAUGGGGUGAAAUGUGUGUUUCACGAUAAAUGAUUACAUUAUAGGUUUAGUUAAAUGUAAUACCGUUUUGUUUUAAGGGAGAGUAAUUGUAUUGCAUCUUCGUGAGAAUGGGCAAUUCGGGAUCUGGUCAUUCAAGAGGAGGAGCUCUUCAUAAUGAUCUGUUAUCCCUGCGACCAGAUGGCCCGAUUCUUUUUCAUUCUGUACACGGCGAUAACAUCACCAUUUCCAACAAUCGGAUACGAGCUGAGCGAGGGGACAGUUUCUGCAAGGGAGUCUGCUUUAGUUGUCGACCAAUAGCCAUCAACGAGACCGUGUAUGUGAAGUUUGUGAAAACCUCGACCAAUUGGAGUGGUGUUCUUAGAUUUGGUUUUACAAGCAUUGAUCCAGGAUCUCUGCGAGGUCAAGACCUGCCUAGAUACGCAUGUCCUGACCUCACCAACAAACCUGGCAACUGGGCCAAGGCCCUUUCCGAACGCUAUGCCAACACACAGUGCAAUCUUCAUUUCUAUGUGACGCGGACUGGAGACGUCAUAUACGGCAUGAACGGUGAAGAGAAGGGAAUCUUUUUUAGCGGCGUCAUCACGACUUCACCACUGUGGGCGUUACUUGACAUCUAUGGAAACACUGUUGCCGUGGAGUUCCAACAAACUGGAUACCAAGUUCCUCUGUUACCUCAGAACAACUUGAUAUCAUCUCCAACAAGACUAUCACGGUCGUCUGUGUCACUGGAACAGGAACACUUCUUGUUUACUUCCUACUCAGUGAACGACGCAGCAGCACUGCCUCCUAUCCGUUUUCAUGCCGACGUCAACUUCGUGCCGAUGACGUUUCACGAAAAGUGUGGUCGAAACAUUCGAAUGUCUGGAGACAACACGGUCGCAUUGCGACUAACGGACGAGUACUGCAAUGCAUACGUGUUUACAUCGAGACCUUUACGCUGUGGUGAGAAGGUGGUCAUACAGAUUCUCGGAGUCGACCGAUCCUACACUGGUGGCCUGGCAUUCGGUCUGACCGCGUGCAAUCCCAGCGCCCUGUCGCCGUUCGAUUUGCCCGACGAUUCCGACCUGCUGCUGGACCGGCAGGAAUACUGGGUGGUUAACAAGGACGUGUGUCGCAGUCCGGACGUCGGCGACGAACUCAGCUUCUAUCUCACUGGUGAAGGUGAGGUGAGGUAUUCUCGUAAUAAUCACAAGGUUUCUACUCUGAUGCACGUUGAUAGGACUCUUCCACUUUGGGCCUUCUUUGAUGUGUACGGCAAUGUACAGAAAGUUAAAUUGCUGGGAGCAGCCAAUUCUUCCAGUAUCGCCCCCCGUGCAGGACUGCCCCGGUCUCGAUCCACUUCGGACUACCCAGGACUGACCGUGUCUCUACCGCCCCGGUCUCCCAACACCUCGCCAGACAUCCCUCCACGGCGCCCACCUCCCCCCAGCGGACCUCACGUGUUCCGGAGCGUCAGCGUGCCGGCAGCACAGACGCCGAUGUCUCCGACAACGGCUGCUUCACCCACGUUGCCAUGCAUCCCGCAGCAACACGCCAUGUCGAUGCCGACGUCCCCAGUGGACUCGGGCCGGAGCAGUGACUGCCUGCUGCUGGACGAGACCAACGAGUGCAAGGUGUGCUGCGAGCAGCCCGUCAACUGCGUGCUCUACACGUGCGGACACAUGUGCAUGUGCUACAGCUGCGCCAUGGCCGUCAAGGUGCAGAAGGGUGGGCUCUGCCCCAUCUGCCGCCAGCCCAUACAGGACGUUAUCAAGACGUACAGGUCAUGAUGCAGGGCUCCUCUGGUCUCCCUGUGGAACUGUGCAUGUAUAAGAACCCCCAUGGAAACGUGUGUAUAAGAUCUGUCGGAGUUUCAUGGAAACGUGUGUAUAAGAUCUGUCGGAGUUCCAUGGAAACGUGUAUAAUAUCUGUAAGAACCCCAUGGAAAUAUCUAUAUAAGAUGUGUUGGAAAGUUUACUGGGGGUUUUCUGUGCACAGUUUUAUAUCGACAACCGUCUCUCAUUGGGUGUUUCUCACCUAAAUGUAUAUUUGAGAUAGACAGAAAGAGAGAGGAUUUUGUCACAGAUAUAAAGAUGAUGAUGGAUGUAAUUUGUGUACAUGUAUACAUGUGUUAAUUUGUUACUUUUACCAAGAUGAAUUAUGGCACGAAGGUUCAUGUUUCGAAAGCCCAAAAGAAGGUGAUUAUGCAAGUUGAGAAGGUGAAAUGUAAAAUCAAGUUGCAUGAAAUACACAACUUGGAAAUAUACACUGUGUUCAUUUCACUUUACAAAGACUCAAAUAUUUACACUUCCAACUAUAAGAUUUUAUAGGAAUGAAGUUAUCUUUUUUCUGAUUUAUAGAAUUCAGUUACGUACAAACAUAUUGAUACGUGGAACUUUAGCUGGUUGAAUAAAGUACAUUCUGGAAUAGAUUAAAUAUAUGCAGGCCCUAUUUUAACACAGCAGCUACAUGUAGUGGAGACAUUUAGCAAGUUGUUCUCAUGUGACUCUUCCUUUGAGAAGCAAUGCCGCCAUAGUUUAUCAUGACAUGAAAUCCAGUCUUAGUGAUUCAUUCUGUGAGAUGACCAGCAAAAAUAACCAUCAAAUACACUGAAAGCCAUUGUUAGCUGUUUAAAAAGCAACAAUUUUGCCAUCACUUUAACUGCCUUUAAUAAUAUUUGAUGUUGAUUAAAUUUAAAACAAUGGGCCAAAUUUAUGAAGCUUGUUUUUCAAGCAUUGUAAAUGGUUGUGGUUAUAUGCGUGUAAGACCAUGAAUGUUUUAUUGAACGACACACUCCACACAUUUUAUUUACGGUUAUAUGGCGUCGGACGUAUGGUUAAGGAUCAUACAGAUAUUGCGAGAGGAAACCUGCUGUCGCCACUUCAUGGGCUACUAUUUUUGAUCAGCAGCAAUGCGUGUAAGACAUAAACAGGCUGUGUAAGUUCGGCCCAAUAUGUGCACAGUCUUUCUUGACAUGUGGUAACCUCCUGGUAACGAGAACCACAGUUGUCGACUUACUUCGAUGCCUGUAUGCAUUAUUAUUAAGUUACAUUAAAAUACAUAGGUGUCCCGCAGGGAUAUUCACAAUUCAAUAGCACCAGAUUGCACUGGUCGGGCUGCUGGUUCUUCCUUGUACUUACAGUGUGGGCAGUCCCGUCUUCCAUCUACCCUAACCCUUUUUUCUGUCCUAGAUGGAGGAGUCGGCCAAGGCCGGCACCUGCACUCAUAACGGCUUGUUCUGAAUGUGCACUUAAACCCUAUGAACUAACCUGACCUGGUAAAAAAAUUGUAAUCUCUUUCUAUAUGGCAUAUUUGAUUAUUAAGCAGAAUCGCUGUGGACAAAAACUAUACAGUAAAGUGAAACGAUGUGCCUUGUAGCAGUGUUUAAUGAUUUUGUGCAAACAUAGUCUUAUGCAAAUUGAAUUUUUUUUUUUUUUUUUUUUUUAUAUGUAUUUAGGAAACAGUUAACAUUCUUUGCAGUGUGUUUAUUUCCUAACAACAAAACAGUAAAUUUUGGAUGAGAUAAUAUGUGAUAAAUAUCACAGAUUUUAUUCUAAAUAAAUUCAUUAGAACAUUUGUUACAACUGCACAGCUCUAAAUGACUGCUUCAAUAUUCUUCGUUUGAAUACAUGUAAUUAUCCCCCUUUAAUGACUGUUUUGUAAAUGUAAUGGACCAGUUAUUUUGGUCUGUCAUUUUUUUUUUUUUUUUUUUUUUUUUCUUUUCUUUUUUCAUUUUAUGGCAAGCAUGCAUUACUAGAAUAACUUGAGCUUUCAUGGCUAUUUUUGUAAUAAUAUAUACCGUAGUUUGUAUCUUUUCUUGGCUGUGAGACCUAAUUGCUUCUUUGCUGUUUAGUUUGAGAUUAUAAUCUGUCAUAAGUCAUAUUUGGCAAAUCAAAGUCAAAUUACUUCAUCAGUUUUUCAUAUGUUAGGAGGAGGAGGGGUCAGAGUUUUAAAUGCAAUAAAUAUACCAAUAUAUAUUUGAUGUAAAUUUAUCUUUUAAAGAUUGAUUGUAUGUGUAUGUGUGACUGAGAUUUGGGACAUAUUGUGUGGGGGUAUUGGGUUGUGGGGUUGUUUGUGGGGGGGGGGGGGGGUCUAAAAUCACAAAUAUUUUCAUUAGCAUUUUGUUUUUGACAACUUUUACAAAUGAGAAGGUAUGGAGUGUCAUCAUGAUAGUUUUUACUUGAUUUACAAAUACAAUGUACUUUUUACAAAAAUGAAAUCUGAAAACCAGGUAAAUUGAAUAUUAUAGAUAAUCAUAACAGCAAGUUGUUACAGGGACAUCGGAGAUGGUAAAUCAGGGUCUAUUGACAGCUGAAAAUGGACCAGAGAGCACAUAGAAACCAGAUGAUUUUGAGACCCAUUUAAUUAAGUGGACCUCAAACUCCACCCAGAAGUCUUGGGCCUGAUCUUUUUCAAAAAAUAUUUCUGGCAGCCAUGUUGUUAUAGUCAAUAAAAUACAUUUAAUAAAAUAA